AUGUGGCUAACGAGAAGUGCAACCUAUUUGUCGGUUACCUUAAUGGCUUCACUUUAUAUAACGGAAAGUGAAACUCAAGCGUUUAAUAGCUCACUAGCGAUCGAAAUUGCCAAACAUCUUAACAAAGCACAUAAAUUUUCCAAUUUUGUUUUUUUUCUUUCCGAAAAUUUACUCAACGAUACGGAAAUUAUGGAUGACUUUCUUCCGCAAUUUUGGAAAAAGUUCCCGAGAACGCCUUAUGUAACAGUUACGCGGCAACAUUAUCGUAUGCAAGGUUUUCUCGACAAAAGAUCAUUAAUCUAUAUCUUUGUUACGGGCUACGACGACCCGAUAUUACCACUGGCAGCACAGAAUUUAAGACGUAUACGCUAUUAUCCCAUUAUUUUCGUUUUUUUGCCUCGAGGAAUCUACGAUAAACCGUUCACUGCAGGCAGCGAAGUUUAUGUAAAUUUCACUGAUAAUUUAGUGAACAUCUUCGAAUGGAUUUGGAAGAGGCAAUUUUCGCGAACCUUUUUACUAAGCGUAGACAAUAACAUCUAUAUACAUGAUCUAUUCCCAGUACCUACAAUUGUGAACAAAACCGAUAAUUGGUCUGUAAAGGACUUAUUCGUCAAAAUUGGUAAUAAUUUUAAGGGUCACAUUAUAAAGACACCAAUAUGCUAUGAUUUGCCGCGCGUCUUUCGCCUACCCAGCAAUGAACUAAGCGGAGUUUCCGGCAAACUUUUCAAGGCAUUCGUUCGUUUCAUCAACGCCUCAUUAAUAGACGACGCAACAUGUUAUUCGAUUAAAGAACCGUAUAAUUUAACAAAAAUUCUGCAAGAUGUCUCUGAAGGUCGCUUACAAAUCAGCGUACACUCGUAUACUGAAAUGUUAAACUCACCAGCUGGCAGCAGUUAUCCUAUCGGUAUUAAUGAUUUUUGCUUCAUAGUGCCUUUUCGUCGUCGUUCGCCCGAGCACUUGUUCCUGCAGAGGACCCUGCAAAACUCAACGUGGUUGUUUGUAGUGUUCGCCAUCUUCUACGUAACAUUUGCCAUUUGGUGGCUUACCACGGAAGAGAGACGCGAUUUCUCUUUAGCCUUCCUACAGUCCAUAUCAUCAUUUCUCUAUGCACCGCCUCUUCAAAUUCUAUACCUGCAUAUAAAAUAUACGCGUUUCUUUUCGAUAUUAUUAUUUAUUUUAGGAUUUUGUCUUACUAAUCUGUUUCAAUCGAAAAUGUCCAGCUAUCUGACCGCUUCGUUGCCCGAUAGUCAAAUAAAUACAGUGGCAGAUCUAUUGGCAACCGAUUUAAAAAUCAUUGUAAUGGAACAUGAACUUCCCAUCUUAAAAGCUAUUGGCUAUGACGACGCAUUUCUGAAACGUUUCGUUCCAGUUAAGAAAAACUUUAUGGACUCGCACCGAGAUCGUUUAAACGCCACAUACGCGUAUAGUUCACAAACAGAUCGUUGGAAUUUCGUGAAGAUUCAACAACUCCAGCUAAAGUAUCCGGUGUUUCAUCUCAGUGAAAUAUGCAUUGGACCUUAUUAUCUAGUAUAUCCAAUACGAGAAGAUUCUGUUUUCUACAAACCCUUAAAAUAUUUCAUUUUAUAUGCUCAUCAAUACGGUUUGCAAACUCACUGGAAUCGUGAAGCGUUUUCUGAAGCUUUAGCCUUAAAAUACGUCAGCAUGUUGGAUGUAAAUGAAGAAAUCAAGCCCUUAUCUAUGAACUUUUUCCGAUCUAUUUGGUUGAUUUGGGGCAUUGGCAUUACAUUAAGCGGUGCGGCAUUUAUAGUCGAGAUGAGGGAAACCGUAUUCGAGCGGAUUAAUGCAAGGGCCGGCAACGAAUGGCAGCGAUAUGUCGAAUAA